CCGCAGGGAGCGCGGGGCCCGCGGGGGUAGAGGAGCGAGGGAGGCCCCGGGCCCGGUCCCCGCCGGUCCCUCGGUGCUCCCCGGGCCGCGCCGCCGAGCCCGGCCGGGGCCGCUGCCUGCGCCAGGUGAAGGCGCUGCGUGCCCCGGGUCCGUCCUUACCCGCUUAGCGGGCAGCGCCGCCCCGCUGCCCUUGCCCCGUGCUGCCCCUCCGGCCGGAGGGACCCCCGGCCCCGCUGGGUGCCGGGCUGGACAUCGCUGCCCACCUGGUGCCCCGCGCUUCCCCGCCCAUGGAGUCUGAGAUGCUGCAGUCGCCUCUCCUGGGGCUCGGGGAGGAGGAUGAGUCCGACCUGACGGACUGGAACUUGCCCCUGGCCUUCAUGAAGAAGAGGCACUGCGAGAAGAUCGAGGGCUCCAAGUCUUUGGCUCAGAGCUGGAGGAUGAAGGACCGGAUGAAGACUGUAAGUGUUGCCUUAGUUUUGUGCCUCAACGUCGGCGUGGACCCCCCAGAUGUGGUGAAAACAACUCCCUGUGCCCGCCUGGAGUGCUGGAUUGAUCCUCUGUCCAUGGGGCCUCAGAAAGCUCUGGAGACCAUCGGGGCCAACCUGCAGAAGCAGUAUGAGAACUGGCAGCCCAGGGCCAGGUACAAGCAGAGCCUGGACCCCACGGUGGACGAGGUGAAGAAGCUGUGCACGUCGCUGCGCCGCAACGCCAAGGAGGAGCGCGUGCUGUUCCACUACAACGGGCACGGCGUGCCCCGGCCCACGGUCAACGGAGAGAUCUGGGUCUUCAACAAGAACUACACCCAGUACAUCCCCCUGUCCAUCUACGACCUGCAGACCUGGAUGGGGAGCCCUUCCAUCUUCGUCUACGACUGCUCCAAUGCCGGCCUGAUUGUCAAGUCCUUCAAGCAGUUUGCACUACAGAGAGAGCAGGAGCUGGAGGUGGCUGCCAUAAACCCCAACCACCCCCUUGCCCAGAUGCCUCUGCCCCCCUCCAUGAAGAACUGCAUCCAGCUGGCAGCCUGUGAGGCCAACGAGCUGCUGCCCAUGAUCCCAGACCUGCCUGCAGACCUGUUCACCUCCUGCCUCACCACCCCCAUCAAGAUCGCGCUGCGCUGGUUCUGCAUGCAGAAGAGUGUCAGGCUGGUGCCAGGAGUCACGCUGGAUUUAAUAGAGAAGAUUCCUGGGAGGCUGAAUGACAGGAGAACCCCCCUGGGGGAGCUGAACUGGAUCUUCACAGCCAUCACAGACACCAUUGCCUGGAACGUCCUGCCCAGAGAUCUUUUCCAGAAGCUCUUCCGGCAGGACCUGCUGGUGGCCAGCUUGUUCCGGAACUUUCUGCUGGCAGAGAGGAUCAUGAGGUCCUACAACUGCACCCCCGUCAGCAGCCCCAGGCUGCCCCCCACCUACAUGCACGCCAUGUGGCAAGCCUGGGACCUCGCUGUUGACAUCUGCCUCUCCCAGCUGCCCACCAUCAUCGAGGAGGGAACUGCCUUCAGGCACAGCCCCUUCUUCGCCGAGCAGCUCACGGCCUUCCAGGUGUGGCUGACCAUGGGCGUGGAGAACCGCAACCCCCCGGAGCAGCUGCCCAUCGUGCUGCAGGUGCUGCUGAGCCAGGUGCACCGGCUGCGAGCGCUGGAUCUGCUGGGGAGGUUCCUGGACCUGGGGCCCUGGGCUGUCAGUCUGGCCCUCUCUGUUGGCAUUUUCCCCUAUGUGCUGAAGCUCCUGCAGAGCUCAGCCCGUGAGCUGAGACCUCUCCUUGUGUUCAUCUGGGCCAAGAUCCUGGCAGUGGACAGUUCGUGCCAGGCUGACCUGGUGAAGGACAAUGGGCACAAGUAUUUCCUCUCAGUCCUGGCAGAUCCUUACAUGCCAGCUGAGCACAGGACAAUGACAGCGUUCAUCCUGGCUGUGAUUGUCAACAACUACAACACUGGGCAGGAAGCCUGCCUGCAGGGGAACCUGAUAGCGAUCUGCCUGGAGCAGCUGAACGAUCCCCACCCGCUCCUCAGGCAGUGGGUGGCCAUUUGUCUGGGGAGGAUCUGGCAGAACUUCGACUCAGCCAGGUGGUGUGGAGUGAGAGACAGCGCCCAUGAGAAGCUCUACAGCCUCCUCUCAGAUCCAAUCCCAGAGGUUCGCUGUGCUGCAGUCUUUGCUCUGGGCACCUUCGUGGGCAACUCAGCGGAGCGCACGGACCACUCGACCACCAUCGACCACAACGUGGCCAUGAUGCUGGCCCAGCUCAUCAACGAUGGCAGCCCCAUGGUCCGCAAGGAGCUGGUGGUGGCCCUGAGUCACCUGGUGGUUCAGUACGAGAGCAAUUUCUGCACCGUGGCCUUGCAGUUCAUAGAGGAGGAGAAGAAUUACCCUCUCCCUUCUCCAGCUGCUCCAGAGGGCGGGAGCCUGACGCCGGUGCGGGACGGGCCCUGCACGCCGCGGCUGCGCUCCGUCAGCUCCUACGGCAACAUCCGCGCCGUCACCAGCGCCAGGAGCCUCAACAAGAGCCUGCAGAACCUCAGCCUCAACGAGGAGUCUGGAAGCUCUGUGGCCUUUUCCCCUGGGAACCUGAGCACGAGCAGCAGUGCCAGCAGCACGCUGGGCAGCCCUGAGAACGAGGAGUACAUCCUGUCCUUCGAGACCAUCGACAAGAUGAGAAGAGUCAGCUCCUACUCCUCCCUCAACUCCCUCAUAGGUGUGAGUUUCAACAGUGUGUAUACCCAAAUUUGGAGAGUGCUCCUUCACCUGGCUGCUGACCCCUAUCCUGACGUGUCCGACCUGGCCAUGAAGGUUCUCAACAGCAUUGCCUACAAGGCCACGGUCAACGCUCGCCCCCAGCGCAUCCUGGACACCUCCUCGCUGACCCAGUCGGCCCCUGCCAGCCCCACCAACAAGGGGAUGCACAUCCACCAAGUGGGCAAUACCCAGAGCCUGUCCCCCGUUCUGCCCCUCAGAGGGUCCCCUCCAACCACGAGCACGAGCAGCUCCAGCCUGACCAACGAGGUGCCCAAGCAGCCGGUGAGCCGGGACCUGGCGUCCGUGCGCCCCAGCGUCACCAACGUGGGGGUCCAGUACACCCCCCACUCCCACCAGUUCCCCAGGACAAGGAAAAUGUUUGACAAAGGCCCAGAACAGACAGCUGAUGAUGCUGAUGAUGCCGUGGGACACAAGAGCUUCAUCUCGGCCUCGGUGCAGACGGGGUUCUGCGACUGGAGCGCCAAGUACUUCGCCCAGCCCGUCAUGAAGAUCCCCGAGGAGCACGACCUGGAGAGCCAGAUCCGCAAGGAGCGCGAGUGGCGCUUCCUGCGCAACGCCCGCGUCAGGAAACAGGCCCAGAAGAUCAUCCAGAAGGGCAUCUCCCGGCUGGACGAUCAGAUCUUCCUCAACAGGAACCCGGGCGUGCCCUCCGUGGUGAAGUUCCACCCCUUCACCCCCUGCAUCGCUGUGGCUGACAAGGACAGCAUCUGUUUUUGGGACUGGGAGAAGGGGGAGAAGCUGGACUACUUCCACAACGGGAACCCUCGGUACACGCGGAUCACGGCCAUGGAGUACCUGAACGGGCAGGACUGCUCCCUGCUGCUCACUGCCACAGACGACGGUGCCAUCAGGGUGUGGAAGAACUUUGCAGACCUGGAGAAGAACCCAGAGAUGGUGACAGCCUGGCAGGGGCUGUCAGACAUGCUGCCAACCACACGAGGUCUGGCCCGAAGGGUGUCCAUCUAUCUGGACAGAAGCAAGCAGGGAGGAGCAGGGAUGGUGGUGGACUGGGAACAAGAAACUGGGCUCCUGAUGACCUCGGGAGACGUGAGGAUAAUCCGGAUCUGGGACACGGAUCGGGAAAUGAAAGUACAGGACAUUCCCACGGGAGCUGACAGCUGUGUCACCAGCCUGUCCUGUGACUCCCACCGCUCGCUGAUCGUGGCGGGGCUGGGCGACGGCUCCAUCCGCGUCUUCGACAGGAGGAUGGCCCUCAGCGAAUGCCGUGUCAUGACCUACCGGGAGCACACAGCCUGGGUGGUGAAGGCUUACCUGCAGAAGCACCCCGAGGGCAACAUCAUGAGUGUCAGUGUCAACGGCGACGUGCGCUUCUUCGACCCCCGCAUGCCCGAGUCCAUGAAGGUGCUGCAGAUUGUCAAGGGGCUCACGGCCCUCGACAUCCACCCCCAGGCCAACCUGUUUGCUUGUGGCUCCAUGAACCAGUUCACUGCCAUCUACAACGGGAACGGGGAGCUGAUCAACAACAUCAAAUACUACGACGGCUUCAUGGGCCAGAGAGUGGGAGCCAUCAGCUGCCUGGCCUUCCAUCCCCACUGGCCCCACCUGGCCGUCGGCAGCAAUGACUUCUACAUCUCGGUGUACUCGGUGGAGAAGAGGAUCAGAUGACGGCGCCGGCCGAGCGGCCCCGGGGCUCCUGUACAUAGAGAAAUCAUCGACUUGAAUGUUUCGUGUUGGCUGCUGCUGCACCCCAUAACUUGAACAUUUGUUCUUCUGACUUAGCUACUGAUGGGUUUGACAAGGGGAAGAGACAAUCUCCUGGGUUUGUUUCGUUUUGUUUUCCAGCUAUAUCCUCUCAAAGCUGCAGAAAAGGAACAUUUAUUUUUGUUUCCAGUGGUUGGCUUCUCUGUCAGAAACACGGCUCCUGAGCGUGGAAGGACUUGGAUGAGGCAACGCCCUUGAGAAGGGUCUUGUUUUAGUCUUUGUUCCUUGUUUUGCUGCGGUGUGAGUUCUUCAAGGACUGUCAGGACUCGCCUCCAGCUCCACAGGACCCUCCAGCUGCUGCCAGCCCUGUGCCAAACCCAAUUCCUGGGCCAGGGCAGCCACCCCAGCAGGGGAUGUGGCUGCCAGGGAGGCAGGGCAGCAUGAACCUCCUCCUCCUCCCUGCCUGCAGCCUGCUCCCCACUGGAGGCAAGGACAGAUGGGGACUGGUGGCCUGGGCAGGCAGGGGUCCCGCAGGAGGGGCUCAGGGAGAUGGCAGCAGCAGGGCAGGACGUCCCACGCCGUAAAGCUGCACGUGAGGAAGAGGAGGGAGGAAAGGGAACGAAGAUCUCCAACGUCCCCACGAGCCUGGAGCACGUCACCGGUGUCACCACGUUGCACCCAAGCCCGUGAGGAGCUGGGGGCACCUCGGGCACUGCCCCUCCUGCUGCCACUGUCCCUGUGCCACCGGGAGCUGCAGAGCCACCCAGCCUGGGCUCCCUGUGCCCCCACGGCUGCUGGGCACCCAGGAGAGGCCAGGCGUGGGCACCUGGAGCUGCACACCACGGCUGGGGCUCACCUGCCCCCGGGGAAGCAGGCAGGGAAGCACCUGGGCAUGGGGAACGGCUGAGGAGGAGGAGGAGGAAGGCAGCUCUGAGCAAAGCCACCUCGUCCCAGCUGUGCAGCAGAGCCUGCUCCACCUCUGCACUUUCCACGUGUGAAUAAUGAAUGUUUUGUCCCCUGGGCUCCCUUCUGGGGCUGCAGGUGGGUGUGGGAAGGGAGAGCACAGCCGAGGGACAGGUUUCCUUCCAGAGGGGCAGAACUCACUGCAGGAAUUCCCAGUGGUCCCCCAGCAGUGCCACGGGAUCUGCAGGCUCCACAAAGUGAGGGAAGGGCUCAGAACCCCUCUGAACUGCCAGCUGUGCAGGGGGAUGCAGUGAGGGAGGGGCUCAGAACCCCUCUGAACUGCCAGCUGUGCAGGGGAUGCAGUGAGGGAAGGGCUCAGAACCCCUCUGAACUGCCAGCUGUGCAGGGGAUGCAGUGAGGGAAGGCUCAGAGCCCCUCUGUCCUGGGCUGGCCCUGCCUGCACCUCUGCCCCGUGCCCUCCGUGCUGCUGCUGGCCCUGGCACCGUGUCCCUGUGUGCUGAGGCCACCCCGAGGUGCCACAGGCUCAGGGGCUGUGCCUUGGAGAGGUCCCCAAGCAUCAGCGCCGUCCCCAUCAGGGAUCACAUCCCAGGAUAAUGAAUCAAAGGCUUUAAACUUCAAAAAAAACUACCUAAAACCCCACUUGUAAGUUACCCAAAGUUAAUUAUGGUCUAACAGAGCUGUGCCUCUUCCCGGGCUGCCCGCGGGGGUGGAAGCAGAGUUUGGGAUCUCACGUAACCCCUUAACAUUCACAGCUUCAAAAACAAUAGAUUUUUAACUGCUAUCAGUGUAUUUGUGAAAGGAACAGGACAUUCCUGGCGUGGUGGGAGCUGCUGCUCCUGCCUGGCUCUGGUGCAGCCCCACGUCCAGAAGGGUGAGGAUUUUAAGGAGUUUGGGCUGUUGGGCUUUUACCUGAGCGUGUGGGCUGUGCUUCCACAGGUCUGCUGCAGAGAUUCAAUCAUGGGUCACAGAGUUUAACCAGCGAUCUGGAGAGCGUCCUACCUUCAAAGUUCACUUAUCUCUAUUUAUUUUACAAAAAUAAAGUUUAAAAUAAAAUAUAUAUAAAACCCCCCACACGAUUGUAAUGUGAGAGUAAAAACGAUUACAGACAAAUAAAUGGUUAAUAAAAAAUAAAUGCAGAAACA